AAUUUCUUUCGUCUUUAUCGAAACUUCUGUUUCUUCCACUGUUGCAUGUGUCUUUCUGGCCGUCGUCAUACACUUGUUUUUUGAAAUUUUCAUUCCCAACGAGUAUCCCCACAAUGCCGCCGAAAAAGAAGGGGACCAAGACGGAUUGCCGUAAGGAGUCCACCAGCCAUGGCCUCAAGACUGCUGAACGAAGCAAGGUAGAGAAGAAAGCUGUCUGUUGCAGAGUUUGCAAUAUGAAGUUCACGCGCAGAAGUGCUUUGGAAACUCAUCUUCGCGUCCAUACGGGGGAAAAGCCUUUCGAGUGUGCACUUUGCAACAAGAAGUUUACUCAGGGAUGCCACCUGAGAACUCAUCUUCGCAUCCAUACAGGGGAAAAGCCUUUCGAGUGCACCGUUUGCAACAAGAAGUUUACUGUGGGAAGUAAUCUGAGAACUCAUCUUCGCACCCAUACAGGGGAAAAGCCUUUCGAGUGCGCAGUUUGCAACAAGAAGUUUAGAAGGGGAGGUGAUCUGAGAAGUCAUCUUCGCACUCAUACUGGGGAGAAGCCUCUUGAGUGCACCGUUUGCAACAAGAAGUUCAUUCAGGGAGGUCAUCUGAGAACUCAUCUUCGCACCCAUACAGGGGAAAAGUCUUUCGAGUGCACCGUUUGCAACAAGAAGUUUCCGGGGGUAGGUCAUCUGAGAGCUCAUCUUCGCAUGCAUACGGGGGAGAAGCCUUUCGAGUGCACCGUUUGCAACAAGAAGUUUACUCAGGGAGGUGAUCUGAGAAUUCAUCUUCGGACCCAUACAGGGGAAAAGCCUUUCGAGUGCACCGUUUGCAACAAGAAGUUUGCUCGGGGAUCUUACGUUAGAUCUCACCUUCGUACCCACUCAAAGGUAGGGGCUGUUUGCAAAAAAAGUCCACGUGCGAAUAAAUAAUUUGUGAAAACGCACAUUCGCUCUCUCUCAGGGGGAAGCCUUGCAAUUGCAAAGUUUGCAUCUCAGUUAAAUUUGAGAAGUGAUCUACACGGCUAAAUUCAAACAAGGAUAGAGAAACGACUUAUUUAAUUAACAUUUUGUAAAUUUUACUGUCACCUUUGUCACAAUUAGAACCGUAUGGAGCUCAUUUCUUUUGUGGAUCUCAAGGAGCAAAGUGUUAACUGCAAGGCCACCUAUUUUUUAAGUUACUUUAUGAGUAUUGUGAUUGUUUUUCUAAUGUAGCUGCUGUAUCUUGAGUCUUAUACUUAAUUUUUGAGGAAAUUUGUCCAAUGUGGUUGUACAAUUUCUCCCAAGGACCGUUUUUAUUUCUUCGCACUUUUGUAUGUUCAGAGUUGAUUUUACCUGAGUAUUAAAAAGAACCAUAUCCAUUGAAAAAUA